AUGUUUCGAGAUCACAGCAGCAUUGAUGUCACCGAUUUAGAAUCUACUUCUGUCGAAAUGCUGUGGCAGGUUCUAUUAAAACUUGAAAAAGAAAUAAUAUCGGUCAAAUUGCACGUGAAUACCGAAAGUUCAAAAGUCAGUAAUGAACGCCAAGACAGGAUCGAAUCCGGAAAGUCUGUACCAGCAGUGUACGACACAAUCCAAAACUUUUGCCAGCAAUUAACUGCCGAUUUAACGCAUAUACAGGCGGUUUGUUCAGAGUAUAAAAUAAACGGGUUAUUAGACAUAGCAAGAGAGACCAAGCUUCGGCAAAAACCAGCCAGCUAUAAGGCCUAUAUUAAAGAUCUGAAGAAACUUAGCGGUUCUUGCAUUCUCCCUGAUGAAGACGAUGAACCAAAUAAUAUUUACACUUCUUGUAACUGCCAUUGGAGCAAUGUGCCCGAAAACAAAUUAGAACCAACUCAAGAUAUCAUCAAAAGACCCAUUCAACCACGAAAAACGGCAUUUGAUUCUACAGAUUUGAAGUUCAAACAAGAACUGACUGUACUAAGAACAAAAUUAUUCACUCUGCCUGAGGUGAUACCAAAACGAAGGAAAGUUAGCGGUUUUGAUCAAUCUGCAUCUUUAGUCGCUGAAACUAAAGCAGCGAAUGAAAAAGCGGUGUUCACUGAGCCCAUCGACGAAUCGACAGCAUAUAACAUUAUUGUUAGUGUGAAGGAAGAAACUGCUAAGAUCGGUAGCCUCAAAUUCAUCGAUGGUAAAUUUACGCACUGCGAGUUGUGGAGAAAAUUACUGGACGCGAACGGAAAUCAGUUAAGAUCAAAAUGGUUACUAGUUUUGUGCCCCCAAAUGGAAGCUAUUCUCAAAAAGCGUAUAGUUCCUUCAGCAUUCUGCAGCGCAGAUAAAGUAUUCGACCUUUUGUCAGAUAUAAAGGAGAACGGAGCCACAUAUAGUCUUUCGAAAGAAGACAUGCUCAAUGUCCUUAAAAGUGAUUCGGAGGCAGCUGAGUUUUUCAAAGGGUGGAAAGCUACGUUUAAACAAUUAUCAGGAAUUCAGCUAGCCGCGUUAACGAUACAACGAUACUGGAAAGGCUACGCGGUUCGCAAAGACAUCCGUGAAUCGAACUGCAAGUACAUCGCGGCGAGCAUAAUUUGGAUGGCUUGGCUUUUCUUAAAGAAAAAACGGUAUAUGCACGAACAGUAUUUAACUCAAAUGCUGAUGAUGUCGAAUUCCACCGAGAAACUCAACGCCAAGAUGAGUCUCCGAUAUUCCCAGAUUGUCGGAGCACCUCACGUCGUCAUUCAUCUUCCAUCGUUGGGUCAUCCGGUGGAUAUCAGGAGCGCUGUAUCACCUCCGAUUUUUCGAAUCUACCAAAACAUUCUGGCACUAAAAAUAUCAUUUUUGAGAAAUCCCAACGCGGAGGUUGUCUACAUUCUACCUAUCGAGCCUUCGGAAAGUCUUCUCCGAAUGUAUUACGAUAUAUUGGAGUCCGUUCACCCGGGUGAAGGAAUUCAGAAACGAGUUACGUUUCUUGCCCUAUCAAUGAGAAGUGCCUUCACGAAAUGCUCCUUCAAUACCGCGAGAACUUUAUAUUACUCCGACGACACGCUAGCUGCAAUAAAUGCAAAAGUUUCGAAUAAACCAGCCUACAUUUUACCCUGGGUUAUGGACGAGUGCGACGUGUGGGCCGCUGGGACUCUUAAAGUUCCCUGGGUCGGCCCGUCCUUCAAUUUUCAAUUGCGGUUAUUGAAUAAAUCGAACAACGCGGAUAUGUUGUCGAGUUUUGGUAUUGAACAGCCUCCUUACACACCCCAUGUCAAGGACUAUUCGACCCUUUGCACAGAGCUAGCUGAACUAAUUUGCCAGCAUACCGAGGUCUGCCUGUGGUUGAUAAAAUUGAAUGUUGGGAUCGACGGGAAUCAGACGGGAGUUUUUUUAAUCAACAACGUGAGCGUGCCCUUCAUGCCGCAGUUGAGAAAGGCACGAGAAACUUCCGGGGACGAAUGGAAGCCAACGCUACAGCUGAGACGGACUUAUCUCAACCGGCUCAACGAACAAUUGCCCGAAAUUGUUUACACCACCACCAGACUCGCCUCUAAUUACAAAAGUUGGAAGGACUUUUACCUCAGUCUGACAAAACAUGGAUGUUUGCUUCAGGCCGUACCUAAUCAGAAAAACGCCUCCAUCAUUAGCGCCGCGAUUUUUAUUCCCGCACGUGAAACCAAGGAAAAACCUGUGUGGACUGGAACCGUUGACCAAAUGCACUUGGAAACUCAAUUCACCGCGUUCGGGUUCAUGAUGCCGCAGACGUCCUUCCCCAACGAAUAUGUUCGUACUACCGUCACAGAAGUCGCCGAGGUGCUUCAAAAUAUGGGAUAUUUUGGCUACGUCAGUUUCGACUUAUUCUGCUACGUUCGAAGAUCCGACGAUCUGCCGAUCGCCCUUGUCGUGGACCUCGAUGCGUAUUACAGCAAGGUUCACAACUUCUUGGACUGGUUUUGCUUCACUAUAAACGGUCGAUAUGACGCUGAGAGAAAUAGUUUUUCGAGUGACGUUGAACUUUCCGUCGAAGCUCGAAAAAAAUUUUACCAUCCAGCCUCGAAAACCGUACGUUGGAACGAAACCAUCGAGCGAUUCGGCAUUGCUAUGGGUAGACUUCAUCACACUCAACUGUACCGUCGCCAAUGGCCGAAGUUGUAUUAUUUUACGAAAAAAUGUGAGGUGCGUUUGCCGUGAUUCGUAAUUUGUUGGCAAUACUAAUUCAGCGAAAAUGAUCCUGUUAAUUUUUUUUAGAUCACGUACGAUGCGAAGACCAGGAUAGGAUCGCACGUUUUAUUUCACGAUGGAGAGAGUCGCGCCCACGUUAUGAUGAGCAGCUGCAAUGUUACCAUGAAACAAUGUCUCGAAAUGGUGACGAAGAACUUGCAGAAUCUCAGCAAAGCCUUGACAAGACGAUACAAGGGAGUCGCCGAGACAAACAUAAGUGCCGCAGCAUCC